ACUUCAGGGCUUAAAGGGUUAAUUUAGUUGUGGAAACAAGCGUACAUAUAAUCCUGAGCUGAGAUAUUGAGGUUUCUGUAAGCACCUGUAAAACCAAAAUUUGUUGUGCACUAUGGUACAGAUACAGAUUUUUUACACAGCAGUUCUUCAAGGGUUUAAAGUGUGCACAUGUGUUGGCAGUGAGCAUGGAUAAACCAGUGUGCUUCAUUGACACGGACUCAGCUGGGAAGCUGUCUGUGCAGCAGUCGGCUCUUCAGAUCCUGGAGCAGAUCCAGCAGCCGGUGGUGGUGGUGUCUGUGGUGGGGCUCUACCGCACCGGGAAGUCCUACCUGAUGAACCGCCUCGCUGGGAAACAAACAGGGUUUGCGCUGGCCAGCACAAUUGAGUCCAAGACGAAGGGCAUCUGGAUGUGGUGUGUGUCCCAUCCCACUAAAGCAGGAACCACUCUAGUGCUGCUGGACACCGAGGGACUCGGAGACGUGGAUAAGGGAGACCCAAAGCAUGACACCAACAUCUUCAGUCUGGCUGUGUUACUCAGCAGCACUCUGGUCUACAACAGUCGAGGGACGAUUGACAACAAGGCUGUCAUGGAACUACAAUAUGUCACUGAACUAUCAGAGUGCAUCAAGGUAAAAUCAUCAGAUGAGGAUGACGAUGAUUCAAGCGAGUUUGUGAAGUUCUUCCCUAGUUUCAUCUGGGCUGUGAGGGACUGCACACUGGAGCUAAAGAUCGAUGCCAAAGAUGUAACAGAGGAUGAGUAUCUAGACUUCGCUCUGAAGCUGAAACCUGGCACUAAGAGAAGUGUGAUGGAGUACAACUUUCCCAGGGAAUGCAUCCAAAAAUUCUUCCCUUCCAGGAAGUGCUUCACUUUCCCCUUUCCAACCGCCCCAGAAAAUAUGUCUCGCCUUGGGAUCUCGGAUUCUGCUGACAUUUCCUCUGAGUUCUUGAAGGUCACAGAUCAUUUCUGCAAAUUUGUCUUUCAUGACAGCUGUGUGAAGAGGCUGAAAGAUGGAUACACAGUCACUGGAAGAGUUCUGGGUCAUCUGGCUAAAACAUAUGUGGACACCAUCUCAAGUGGGGCUGUGCCAUGUCUGGAGAACGCUGUAAUAGCAAUGGCAAUGAUUGAGAAUGAGGCUGCAGUGAAGGAGGGUCUUCAGGUUUUCCAAAGUGGAAUGGAGAAGCUGAAGGACUCCUUCCCUCUGGAACUGAAGGAUGUGUUCUCUGAACACCAACAUCUUAGCAUCGCAGCAACACAAGCCUUCAUGAAGCGUUCUUUCAGGGACACUGAUGGGAAGUACCUGGAAUCUUUAGAGGAAAAUAUUAAUAAACUCUUUGAAGAAUACCUGAACCAAAACAAACAAGCUUCAAAGAAACGAUGUGAGGAAAUCCUGUCAUCCCUCUCUGCACCAAUGAUGGAAAAACUCAAGAAGGGCUUCUAUGCCAAACCUGGUGGCUAUGAUCUCUUCUGUAAAGAUCUGGAGGACAUUGUGAAUAAAUAUAACAGCCAGGCCAAUAAAGAAGUCAAGACUGAAGAGGUCCUAGAGGAGUUCCUGAAGCAGAAGUCUGUGGAUUCUGAAGCCAUUCUGCAGGCUGACAAGAAACUGACUGAGAAGGAGAAAAAGAUUUGAAGCAGAAGUCUGUGGAUUCUAAUGCCAUUCUGCAGGCCGACAAAAAACUGACUGAGAAGG